GUAAAAGGCUCUGGACAACCGUGCAAGAAGGUGGAUUAUUUUUAAAACAAUGAGCGUGCGUCCCUAGUCAUGAUUUGUGGUUCAGUCCAGCUGGAGCUGUCUGAAUGAAGCUAUGGGCUGUGCGUCAGCCAAGCAUGUUUCUACUGUUCAAAACGAAGAGGAAACUCAGAAGGGGAAAAACUAUCAGAACGGCGAUGUGUUUGGUGAUGAGUAUAGGAUCAAACCAGUGGAAGAGGUCAAAUACAUGAAAAAUGGGGGAGAAGAUGAUCAGAAAAUAGCAGCCAGGAACCAAGAAAACUUGGAAAAAAGUGCCAGUUCAAAUGUAAGACUUAAAUCUAAUAAAGAGAUCCCAGGAUUAGUACAUCAACCCAGAGCAAACAUGCACAUCUCUGAAAGCCAACAAGAAUUCUUCAGAAUGCUUGAUGAAAAAAUUGAAAAGGUAAGGAGCUGCAAAGUUCUGUUUUGAUCCUGUUUUCCCAGC